GCAACCUGAUCUAUCCAGCCUUUCCUAAGAGACACUGUAAUCUGUUUUUGUAAGACUUUGUGUCUGCAUCUGGAAGACUUUAUCUAGAAGUGCAGAUUCAAACAUUAAUAACUGCAGUGGUUAACUGAAGGGCAGGAAUGGGUUUGCUACAGUCCAAUGUGCUGCAUUGGUGAGAAGGAAGAGGGGAAAAAACCCAUAUCUUGAAGGCAGGAUUUAGCAAAGUGUUCAUUCAUUCAUUCAAGCAAUAACAAAUGAUUUGCCCAGGAUGAACAAAAUACUUUUUUGUAAACCAAAAGAGGGUCUGAUUCUUAUUCCCAUUCUGUCUUUAGAUAGACAUCUGCCAACUGUUGCUCUUUCCAGUUUUUCAGAAGCCCUCGAAAGAGUUCAUCUUUUCUCCCUUAUUUUGCUGUGGCCGAAAUAGAAAAGGAGUUUUCUGUUUUUACCAAGGGUUGUCACUUGAUAAAGAGCUUUUGUGGUAGAGAAUUUAAUGGUUAAGACCGCAGGGACAUAUUUUUGUCUUGGGGAGACAGAUAUUUUCAACCUGACUUGAAGAAGGAUUGAAGGUUUAGAUAUUAUUUUUGUAACUCUGGAUGUGUAGAAUAGAAGUACAAGUUAGCAGAAUGUCUUUAAGAGCUUUUCUCUGUAUGUAAUGAAAAGGAUUUUUGAUAGAUCCAGGUUAAACAGAUGUGCAGUUUGUGGUUUUUGUUUUGUUUUUUUCAGAAGAAACUGAGAAUGCCAAUGCAGUACUUAUUCACAUACACUUGGUUAUUCCCAUUCUGGAUACCUGCAAUUUCAUUGCCCUCUUCUACUAUUCUAUGGCCAUUGUUUUUCUCACUAAAACAGUUCCUUCUUUGAUACAUUGAAGUUGAAGGCAAGAAACAAUUUUAUUCAAAUAAGAAUGUUCCCAGGUGUGGUGUUUAAAUGUAGUAAAAAUAGAAAUCCUAUAGGUGUUUUGAGUCCUAAUAGCUGCAAGGGGGAUUCUUCAGUCAUCUUCCUUCUGUGACAGAUCGUAUAAGAAAAAAAACUAAUCUGAACCAUUUCUUUUAGAUUGUGAAAUCAAAUGAAGAAACUUUGUGGUACAGCUAGAGAACAUCCAAGCUUAUUGACAUAAAAUUAAUCUAAUGACUCAGUUACUGCCAUGAUGGCUACACCAUUGGAAGACCUGAAGAACCAGGUACAUCUGAACCUUCUUUUAUUGCUAAAAGUGAAGACCGUUUAUUUAAACAUUUAUUUGAAGACUAUGAACGAUGGGUUCGUCCAGUCGAGCACUUGAAUGAUACCAUCAAAGUAAAAUUUGGUCUUGCAAUUUCCCAGUUGGUAGAUGUGGAUGAAAAAAAUCAGUUGAUGACCACAAAUGUUUGGCUGAAGCAGGAAUGGGUUGAUGUAAAACUGAAGUGGGAUCCUAAGGACUAUGCUGGAAUAACAUCUAUCCGUGUCCCUUCAGCUUCACUAUGGAUUCCAGACAUUGUUUUAUACGAUAAUGCAGAUGGUCAUUUUGAAGGGACAUCUACAAAGGCCAUAGUGAAACACGAUGGCACUAUUGUUUGGACCCCACCCGCGAACUUUAAAAGCUCUUGCACCAUUGACGUCACUUACUUUCCAUUUGACCUCCAGAACUGCUCCAUGAAGUUUGGCUCGUGGACAUACGAUGGUUCUCAGGUGGAUAUAAUGCUUGUGGAUGAAGAAGUAGACAAAAGAGAUUUCUUUGACAAUGGAGAAUGGGAAAUAGUAACCGCAACGGGUAUCAGAAGGAACAGAACUGACGGAAGCUGCUGGUACCCCUUUAUUACCUACUCAUUUAUAAUUAGGCGCUUGCCUCUCUUUUAUACGCUCUUCCUCAUUGUUCCAUGCAUAGGGCUGUCUUUCUUAACCGUCCUUGUCUUCUAUCUCCCUGCCUACGAAGGAGAGAAAAUCUCUCUCUGCACUUCCGUUCUGGUCUCACUCACCGUCUUCCUUCUAGUUAUAGAAGAAAUUAUCCCAUCUUCUUCUAAGGUCAUACCACUGAUUGGCGAGUACUUGGUCUUCACCAUGAUUUUUGUGACCUUAUCUAUAGUAAUAACUGUCUUUGCUAUUAAUGUUCAUCAUCGAUCCUCAUCGACGCACAACGCGAUGGCACCGUGGGUCCGCAAAAUAUUUCUUCGCAAACUUCCCAAACUGCUUUGUAUGAGAGGUCACGUCGAUAGGUACUCAGUACCAAAGGAAGAAGACACCAUGGACACCCAGGGAUCUGAGGAACCUAGGAAUACUUUAGAAGCAGCCUUAAAUUCUGUCCGGUACAUUAUAAGACACAUUGUCAAAGAGAAUGAAGUACAUGAGGUUGUGGAGGACUGGCAAUUUAUAGCUCAGGUGCUUGAUCGUGUGUUCCUAUGGCUGUUCUUUCUGGUUGCAGUUACUGGAUCCCUGAUGUUGUUUCUUCCUGUAAUUCAUAAAUGGGCAAGCAAAAUAGUACCAGUCAAUGCUGGGAUUGUUAAUAAAUAAAUCUGUGAGCAGGGGCAGAAUUUUAACAGUGCUUCUAGGGAUGCUAAUUCCUAGCUAUCCUAAAUUCCUAGAUAUCCUAAACUAAUAAUGAAAUAUCUGAGAAUGCAAGUGGGAGGGAAAAAUUCAUGGUGAUAUUUAACCAGGAAAAUUGUAAGAUGGAUGUUUUUCCCCUCUUAAUUACAGCCUUCCUGGAUUCCAUCAGGAUCUUAAGAUUAUUUGCAGAAUAUUAUAGCAAAAAUAUUAACAUGACACUUUAACAUUUAAGGUGUUUAGGAUGACCAUCAUUGAAACUGCUGUGGCAGUGGAUGAGGAUAAGUUUUGUCAAGUGUCAGGGCAGGGAUCAGGUGCCCAGGAAAUUGGUGGUUCUGGAUCCAGAGACUGAGCACAGCAAUGAAAAAGAGAUUUUUAAGUUUUAUUGUGAAGCAAACAAAUUUAAAAACUUAACAUAAAAAGCACACCGGCCAAGCAAGAUGAUACCGAAAUCUCUUAAAAGCUGUCACGACCUCCUUAAUAACAACAGCACAGAUGCCCCACAGCACCCAGUGCUAGGCUUUCUGCAGAAGCUCCCAACUUAAAAGCCAGUACUAGAGUUUUUGUUAAAAGCUGGCACCGUGGCUUCAUUGCUCUGUUUCUGUAGUCACAAGGCUGCGAGACCUGACCUUGACCAGAUGGCACAUAACUCAAAAGUGAGAUAUUCACAGAUUAAAAAGAAAUCUUUGCACUAUGUGAAGAUUCUACAGCCCCUCUUCGCCUUUAUGCAAUAUUCAAAAGUUAAAAAAAAAAGCACAUUUGCUCAGAAUGAGCUCUGAACUUCUAGACCAGAGGUGUCCAAUCUUGGCAACUUUUAAGACUCUGAACGUCAACUCCCAAAAUUCCCCAUCUAGCUAGUUGGGGAAUUCUGGGAGUUGAAUUCCACAGGUCUUUAGAUUGGACACCCCUGGUCUAGACUUUUCUUAAUAUGAAGGAAUCUCUUCUUGAAUCUGUCAUAUCUUGCAAAAUUGACCACCCAUCUCCAUCUUAUGUGUAUCAUAUUAUGUGUUCUUUCCAUACGUCUUUACUGCUGCUAUUCAUGUACUUUAUGCCCUAUGUUAAAUAAAUACAUUAAUAUGAAGGAGAAAUCAAAAUAUGCCACUAAACUCCUCAAAAUACAACAGUUUUCCGCAUCGCCACUACAGAGGAAUACAGUACAUUUUAAAUUUUUUUAGUCCUUUCAUGUGACAGUUGAGUAAUCCUUGUAGCAGGCGAGGGCUCUCUGUCUCUUACUCUUAGCCUUUGAUUCCUAAACUGUCACUCAGAAUUAAGCUCAGUUUGCCAAGGAAGCGGAUGGAGUGGGUUAGGGUGAAAAGGGUAAGGCAGAACAGAAAGUAAUGAAAUGCACAAGUACAACAUGGAGUGUUUUGGAGUUCCUAAUGCAAUUUCCCUCCUAUAUAAUCUCAAUUUAUAUUUCUUGUGAUAACCGAAGGAUCUGAAGUCUGCUAGCAAUUUCUGUGAUUGUAAGAAAGUAAAGACGUCCUAAAAUCCGGCUCAACUCCCAUGCAGUUUUCUUCAUAACCUUGCAGAAGCAAUUCAUUAUUCCUUUCUUAGAAGAUUUUGUUUGACUUCAGUCUAACCCAUUUGCUGAAUAAUAUGUGUUGAUUACAGAAGUUGCCAUGAAGUAUCUGGGGUGUGCGCCUUUAUACAUUUUUCAUUAGGCACAAAUGCCUUCCAUCUUCUGUGAAGAAAAUCUGCUAUAUAAGUAGACCUCAAAUCAGAAUCAACAAUCAAAUCAUGGAAUGAAAAAUAUGCUACAGGAAAGGUAGAUAGAUACAGUAAAUAUGAUUUUAAUAUCAUUUAAACAGACUUUUAAAACACACUUUUAGAGAGAUGAUAGACAAUUGGAAACCUUUUGGGUCAAUUAUACAAUAGUUCAGAAAUGAAUGUUUGUGGUGAUACGAGCUGGGGGUACUUCGCUGUUCUAGUUGUAUUUUGUGUAUAGCUGUGAAUUUUUAAAAUAUUUUUUUAAAAAUCAGGUUUAUUUUUAGAUUUUAGAAAUGUAUAUUGACUGCACUUUAAGGGUAAUAAUUAUAGAUAAUAAAUGUUGCAUUUGAUACUUGCUGUUAUUAAGUUUGUAAAUCUGAGGGAAAUUUUUGAAUUAUAUAAUGAAUUUCAUUCGGAAGCCUUCAGUUGGAAAGUGGGUUAAUUAAAGAUUCCUUAAUAUUUCUCUGCGUUGCUUAGAGGUUUUUGUAUCUUCCUCUCAGCCUUUUUAAUAGAAGUAGCCGAGAUUUGUUACCUUUAAUGGAAAAAUCAUUCCUGAUCUUUUCGUUUGAUUUAGCUGAAAACCAAUGCUUACUACCAUCUUAUUUGCAUUUGUCUGCUGCAAUGCCCCAUGUUAAUAAACAGUUCUCCAAAUCCUUA